CCAGCGCAAUGCUGGGAGGACAGAGCAUCUGCUGCAGGAGCCGCCGGCUGUGCCAGGAAUGUCGCUGCUGGGGAGUCAGGAGCGGAGGGGCGGCUGUGGCAGCAGCUGCUCCCUGCCCGAGCUCUCCCGCACCCAGGACAUUUAAACUUUAAAGCACGCUCGACACAGCUCUUCCCAGCGCACAGAGAUCGGGUCCCAGGAGCUGGCAGCACACAAGGCACCCAUGGGCUCACUGGUGGCCAAGCUCCUUCUGCCCACCAUCAGCACCUUGGUCUUCCUCCCCACCAUCAGCAUCGCAGCCAAGCGGCGCUUCCACAUGGAAGCCAUGGUCUACUUCUUCACCAUGUUCUUCGUGGCGAUUUACCAUGCGUGCGAUGGCCCCGGCUUAUCCGUGCUGUGCUUCAUGCGCUACGACAUCCUGGAGUACUUCAGCAUCUAUGGGACAGCUCUGUCCAUCUGGGUGUCUCUCAUGGCCCUGGCAGAGUUUGAUGAACCAAAGAGAUCGACCUUCAUCAUGUUUGGAGUCCUCACCAUCGCCGUGAGGAUCUACCACGACCGCUGGGGCUACGGCGUCUACUCAGGACCCAUCGGGACAGCCGUGCUGGUGAUAACCGUGAAAUGGCUACAAAAGAUGAAAGAGAAGAAAGGGCUCUAUCCAGACAAGAGCGUCUACACCCAGCAGAUCGGCCCUGGCUUCUGCUUUGGGGCAUUAGCACUGAUGCUGAGGUUCUUCUUUGAGGAAUGGGAUUACACCUACGUGCACAGCUUCUACCACUGCGCCUUGGCCAUGGCCUUCGUGCUGCUGCUGCCUAAGGAGAACAAGAAGGCCGGGAGUGGAGGGACCCCUGCCAGGCUCGACUGCUCCACACUCUGCUGCUGUGUCUGAGGUGCCUGGCCAAGCAGGGCACCAGCUCUUCUGCUC